UUACCAAUAGUGUAAAACCCAGUUUCUGACGUGGCUGACGCAGCAAGGGCUUGGCUCAAAACAAAUGCAUACACACAAGGAACUGCAGCCUGGGAAGCAGUGACAGGAGGCAAAUGAAGAGAAAGAGGCAUCAUGGAAUUUUUAGUAUUCUGGGUCCAACCCAGCUGAACUGUCCCUCAACUUGCUUCUCCCAACAUCUCUUUGUAUUGGUGAACGUGGUGGCCACAGCUCUCUCCAAGUACUUCAGCAGUUUCUCCUCUGUUGGACUCAGGUGCUGCUUCCACAUAGAGAAUAAGGAAGGAAGAGGUUGUUCCUGUUCGGUGUGACUUGUUGCUGAUCCUGCGACUGAAGUUCAGCAUCUGACUGCUGAGCAGUCAGCAGUUCCCUUCUUUUCAUUGCCUUUCUUCAGCAUGGAUACCUGGCGGAGAGGGUCCAUUAAAUCCACAACGUUCUUCAGGCGUUUCUCACUCAGGAGACACAAAAAACUGGGCAAUCAAGUCAUCAUCUUGAAUCAGAACAGCCACACACUUGACAGUGAUGGACAGUGCCAGAAGAGGGAAUGCUUAAGGGAUCUGAAGGACAAGUCUGAUUACCUGUCAUGUCAGAGUGAGCAAAACCUAGCCAAGGCACAAGCACCUCCCAAGCCUCCCCGGCUGUACCUGGACAGUUCUAGCUGCCCUAACAUCAUUGAUCACACAGAUUCUCACUCUGACGUCUCCUUUUCUGGUGCUACUCAUCAAUAUCAUAAAGCCACUCAAACUCACUUCCACAAGGACCAGGCUACAGACUACAGGACCUCAGAAACAGGUUCCCAGAAUGGCACACCUCUUUCUGAUCUGUCUGAUCCCUUCCUGUCCUUCAAAGUGGAUUUGGGGCUAUCACUUCUUGAGGAUGUUCUGCAGACCCUCAGAAAACAGAAUCCAAGAGAUUAUGCCAUUUGAAGGUAUUUACCAUUUAAUGUAUCACAUUUACCUACUGACAUUGUCAGUUUCUCUAGUCCUGACACGAGGAAGGAUACUGCAGUAUCCCUGUUCUGAGUGGCCUGUUUUGUUGCUCUUGCCCAACCCAUCACAGACUGUUCUUGUCCUUGCUAAGGAGUUCUUUGGAACAGAGCUGUCAGGCUGCAUGCCUAGAUGAGAGCACUGUCUGCUGGAACCUCACAAGCGAGUUUCCAUUCUCCGCAAUAGUGCACAGUCAAGACUGGGGAAUUCCUUUCUCCUCACAGAAGAAUGGCUUUGUUUGGCAAAGGACUUAUUUUGGGAAUGUGGCGGUGACUGUAUGGAGCAUGGACAGAAAUGGAUAUGGUGUACAUUAUUUCUGGAUAACCAGGCAGCCUGGAAGGAGACAGCAGUACUGCUAUCUCAAAGCCACAGCUAUAGCAAGGGUCAAGAGACAGAAAUUGGUGUUUUUUUCCUCUCAUCACAUUUGGAUGCAAAGGUCAAAGAUACUCCUCCCUUUUUCCCUUGUGGCUUUCUCUUCCCCUAAUUCAAGUGCAGUAGGCACUCCCAGCCUGGAAACAGGUAAGCAGGUUAAGCCAUAAAAGCUCAAAAAACAGCAACAGCACUUUAUCUAUCUACAAUCCAGAGAAGAAAUUUCUCUAGAUACUGCUGCUUGAAGCAUGCGCUGAUCUAUCAG